GAAAGUUUGGUUAGUGACCGUGUAAAUAGUUUAAUUAGCUAGCCAAACUUCUAAAGUAAUCUUAGAAAAUGUUUAAAAAUACUUUUCAAAGUGGUUUUUUAUCAAUUCUAUACAGCAUAGGUAGUAAACCUCUUCAGAUAUGGGACAAGAAAGUGCGAAACGGUCACAUCAAAAGGAUUACCGACAACGAUAUUCAGUCUUUAGUAUUGGAAAUAAUGGGUAAUAAUGUGAGCACCGCGUACAUCACUUGUCCAGCAGACCCCAGGAAGACUCUUGGAAUCAAGUUACCGUUUCUUGUCAUGAUUAUUAAGAAUUUAAAGAAGUACUUCACCUUUGAAAUUCAGGUUCUUGACGACAAAAAUGUGAGGCGGAGAUUUCGGGCCAGUAACUAUCAAUCAACAACCAGAGUGAAACCUUUUAUUUGCACUAUGCCAAUGAGACUAGAUGAUGGCUGGAAUCAAAUUCAGUUUAAUCUGGCUGACUUCACCAGACGUGCCUAUGGAACGACUUAUAUGGAAACUUUACGUGUUCAAAUUCAUGCCAAUUGUAGAAUUAGACGCGUUUACUUUUCAGAUCGACUAUAUUCAGAGGAUGAAUUGCCAGCCGAAUUCAAACUAUUUCUUCCUAUACAAAGCAAGGUCAAGCAAUAAGUUUGAACACUCAAGUCGUGACUUUCCAUUCUUUCAUCUCCUGGAUGAUGAACAAUCUAAGUCAUUUCAAAUUUAUGUUCUAUUUAACCAAGAAACAGCACAAUGAAAGUAGACACGAAGCAUAUCAAUGGCCUUCGUGCAAAACCACAUAUCUCGAUUGCAGUGUCUUAAAAUUUCUACUACUACUAUAUUUGUUUAAAGAGAAAUAAGUAAACUUUACAGCUUGAAAUGUACACAGAAUAUUUCACUAAUAGAGAAGAAAAAUUAAGGGAGUUUUCAAAAUUAUGUCAAGGAGUUCACGGAAGAAAAAUUAAAAAUAUGAGGAGAAGUCUACAACGUUGCAAACAAGAUACAUAGUUUCGCGCUUUGGCCAUUGAUAUGCCGUCCUUAAUUCACUUCUCUGCCUGCAACCAAUCGGAUUUUAUAUGCUAGUAUAGCUUCAGUUUUUCAUCAAAUGAUCUCGAAUUUCUACUUUUUACAUACAAUUAGUUUCCCAGUUUUGAAACGUCAAUUGAUCAAUGAUUAGAACUUUGAAAGGAAUUGAAUUUUUUUUUUUGUUUCGUGAGCAAGUUCUCACAUAAUUUUCAUACUUUUUUACACAGUUAACAGGUUUUUUGUAUGAUUUGCAAAUUUACUGUUUGACUGAUUUGAAUUAUUUAUUAAAAACUACAUUGGUUUAAA